UAUUCAGUUCCAAAUAAGAAGGGUUCUUUAUUUUCUUCUGUGUUGGCCGAGGUUAGGUUCCACCGGAAUAAGACCUUGGCCACGUAAGUGAAAAAAAAAAAAUAGGAAAAAAAACACUAGAUAUAUAUAUAUAUAUAGAUAUCUAUAUAUAUAUAUAUAUCUAUAUGGCGAUCGGAAAGAAGCUUUUUGUUAUUCUGUUUUCUCUGGCAGUGUUAAUCCCUACCCUGAACGCCAAUUCCUUGGAGAAAGAUGGGUAUUGGAAGAGCCAUUCGAACGAGUUUGAUACAUACUGGCAGACAAGAGCAGAAGAGGCUGCAAAGGACAAUAAAGCAGCAUACUUUAAAGAUCCAUAUUCAGUCUCCGGAAACUUCACUUCCUCAGUUAGCGAGCUUAUAAUUGGGAAGGAUAAGCGAAGGAACUUGAAGGGAAAGAAAAAUCAUGACGGUCCAUGCAUGGCGACCAACCCCAUUGACAGGUGCUGGAGGUGUGACCCCAACUGGGCGGACAACAGGAUGAAGCUUGCAGAUUGUGUUCAGGGCUUUGGAAGAAACACUGUGGGAGGAAAGGGUGGUAAAUAUUACGUGGUAACAGAUUCUUCAGAUGAAAACAUGGUUGACCUAAAGCCAGGAACUCUCCGGCAUGCGGUUACACGUGACGGCCCAUUGUGGAUCAUCUUCGAACGCAGCAUGGUGAUCACCCUGAAGCAGGAGCUCAUCAUGACCAGCAACAAGACCAUUGAUGGAAGAGGCGUCGAUGUGUACAUUUCCGGCGGUGCUGGCUUCACCCUCCAGUCCAUCAACAACGUCAUCAUCCAUGGAAUUAAGGUCUACGACAUUUCUGCUCAUGGUGGUGGGAUGAUCAGAGAUUCUGAGACCCAUUACGGGUUCAGGACUCAGAGUGAUGGAGAUGGCAUUUCCAUCUUUGGUUCUAGCAACAUCUGGGUGGAUCAUGUCUCGAUGAGAAACUGCUACGAUGGACUUAUCGAUGUAAUCAUGGGAUCCACCGCCAUUACGAUUUCCAACAGCCAUUUCACCGACCACAACGAGGCGAUGCUGUUCGGUGCCAGCGACGGCUACGACCUUGAUAAGAUCAUGCAGGUGACCCUGGCAUUCAACCACUUCGGGAAGAGAUUGAUUCAGAGGAUGCCGAGAUGCAGACAUGGUUUCUUCCAUGUGGUUAACAACGAUUACACUCACUGGGAAAUGUAUGCGAUUGGUGGGAGCAAGAACCCUACCAUCAUCAGCGAGGGUAACAGAUUCAUUGGCCCUGACGACAUUAAUGCUAAGCAGAUCACAAAGAGAGAAUACUCUCCCGAGAGCGUGUGGUCAGCAUGGCAGUGGAGAUCAAUUAACGAUGAGUACAUGAACGGAGCAUAUUUCGUUCAAUCUGGGCCUGAGCUUGUUAACAGGCCAUUCUCAAGGUUCGACAUGAUCAAAGCCAAGCCAGGAACUUACGUCGCAAGGCUUACACGCUAUGCUGGAAGCCUUAAGUGCAGAGAGGGUAAACCUUGCUAAUUCAUUUUCCCAUUAACUAUUCUUUAUAUGCUUCUCUGCUUUCCACCACUACAACGAUGCCAAACUAUAUUAACAAGAGAUCAGAGAAGGCAAUGCGUCUAUAUAUAUAAACACGUGUAUGCCAUAUAUAUGUUGUUGAAAAAGGAUGAUUUAUUCAUUUCAUUUUUGUUCUAUUAUCAA